GUCAAACUUGUGCUUUGGCUGCAUACUUCUUUCCUUUUCUACGACAUGCCCAGGAACCCAGUGCAGGCACUGUCCCACUUGCAAGCUACGCAUGCGCACUUAGUUUGGAGCAUCAUCAAUCCAGAUCAGUAACGUCGCUCCAAUGUGCCGAUCCACUUGACUCGUCAAGGACGCCGUCUUGUCCUCAAACCCAUCGUGCCGCUCGUCUUCCAGGCUCCCCACAUCAACCAGCCGCUCCCUAACGAACGCGACGAUGCCCUCCGAAGCGGUGCCCGGUCUCCUACCCUCAUCGCGGAGCGCCGAAAAGUCGUCGUGCCACCCCUGAGUCGACGAGGGAGCGCUCCUGGUGGAACAUGUGCACGAGGCCGAGCGCAGAGAGCGAGCGACCAUCCGCUGGACCUGGGAGCCGAGGUCGCUUGGAGGGUGCACACAGGGCGAUUCGACGCACCGAGCGCGAAGUACACGAUGUUCGCGCCGAACACGAGCGCGAACACGCCGUUCACGAACGUCCAGAACCCGCCAACGUCCAGAUGUCAGAGAACGCAGAGUUGUCCGAGUGGUCCUCCAGGAUCGUGGCGACGAACGGCUUGGGCUGGACCAGCGUCAGCCGCGCGGACCUGCCAGGGCUGGGGAUGGGGCCGAGUGUCUCGUCCGCGGAGAGGUUCUGCUGCAGCGCCGAGAUGGAGGGCACGAAUAUGUACGAGUUUAGCGGCAGCCCCUUUAAGGUGACAUCGCGUCGUGUCGUGUUGGAUGGAGCGAUAUGCGAUAUCUGAACGACGAUUCACCGAAUCCGAGGAAAGGACUGUUUCGGACGCGCGGACCAGCGUCCGACUGUGAUUACGCCGACGAGGCGGGACUGCGCGAGGAGCAGGAUGACGUCGUCAUUCGAGGGCUGCACGCGCAUGUCCUGCGACAUCACAGUCAGAGUCAGAUAGACGCAAUCCGAGUCCGGUGGAACGUCGAGCGAGAUGCUCAAGUGUUCCAUAUCCGUCCACCCGAAAAGGCCUGGCGGUGAUGUGAAUCAGCCGCAUGCGUGGGCAGCUUUUGCAACCCACAUUGGACUAGCCAGCCCGGCUGUUCAGCGCGAUCGUCUCGCAGGUCAUCGAGUUCUCUGCGCUGGGGUCAACGAACGGGGCGAAUACUGCAGCGAUCGAAACAUUCUGGACAGCACCAUCCUGCCACUCUGCAUUGCUCAGCCGGUACCCGAUGGCAAGUCGGUCGGGCAGGCGUUGGGCGCCCUCUGCGUGCACACCGAACUCGGAGAGGUCGGGCGGCGAGAGGGCGACGACACGCGUGACACAGGGGAUGGCGAUCACGACGAGAUGAGGACGACGGCGCGUGCGGCGGCGAUGCAUCUUGACUCGCCGCUACAAACGUGAGGAGAAGGUCAAGCAGAGGAGCAGUGCGAGAUGUCCACGCACCGGACAAGUGGCCGGUGAACGGAUAGACUGAGGACGAUGCCGAGCGAAAAACGGGAUCUCUCGCUCGACUAGGAACGCCAACCUCUGCCGGUAGGAACGCUCCUUGAUCCGGACUAUGGUGGCGAGGCGGAACGGGACGGUCAAGACGAGCGCGCAGAGAUGUGGCAACAUGAAGAACGACGUGGUGCCGAUGGCGGACCCCGAGGACAAACGAAGCUGCUGGCUCGUCAGUGCUUUGAGCCGCCGCAUUCUUGCGGCUUCUAGGACAAGCAACACGAGAUCCGCUAGCGCUAUUCCCGAGACUUUCCACUCGAACAACCUACAGUAUGGUCGACCGAACCUGUUCCGAAAGACGCGACAGAGACUCAAGCUAGAUAGUGAUCCAGCACAAAACACACAUCCAUCGGCACAGGCACAAUCUUCGGCAGAGUCGUCCCAUAGCAUGUCACGAACAGCCCGCGGAACAACAACGUGCAGAUGUGCGAGAGGAUUAGGAGUCGCAGGACGGUGAUUCUCGCCAUGGGAUCAAAAAGCCAGGCCUUGCGGACCAUGCUGGGAUUUUUGGGAGCUGGACGGGCUCAUUCGCCUCUUAUGCAUGGCCCGUCGAUAACUCGGUCCAAACCUGGACGAAAUGAGAUAACCAUCUCCUGCGAGUUCCGUAGCACGCCAUCAUCGAUGACACGUGACCGCGUUGUCCGCACGUGAGUUUUUCUCGCCAGCAACAACUCUUGACUUCGCGAGCGGCAUUUGCUGGCGGCCAACUGGUGUGCAGAAGGCGAUCAAUUACGGCACGAUGUUUUUGAUCUCGACUCUCGAGGCUUUUCGGCAGACUUGAUGUGAUCGAUAUCAUAAAUCGCGGUCACAUGCUCACGGAGACCCUACGACGCGUCCUCUGGCCAUGGCGGCCUUUCGCGACGAUUACGUCAACGGAAUCUCGGGACCUGGGCAGUACUUCAUGAUCACAGAAUACGAAGAUGAGGGCAUACCAAGUCUUAUCCGGGCCGAUACUGGCAUGCAUUGUCUCUGACGGGGCCGCGAUCAAAACUCCAAAGCGGCGGUGCGAAGCGAAGCAAACCGAUUCUCCAUUGUCCCUCCGGUUUGGGAUGCCGUUUCCAGCUACCGAUGCGCUUUAGCAGGCCAUGCGCGGCACAUUGUUGGUGGGGCGUAUAUAAGGACGGUGGCAUACGUUCGGAGGGUUCAGUUAUCCCGCCCAGCGAAUAUCAAACAUACGCUCUUUGCCACCGUCGGCUCAGUCCUUCGACCAACCAGCCUCAUAUCAAACGUACCUUCCUUACCAUGCCUGCCCCUGCCACUGUUCCUUUUAUCGUCUUCUCUCUCCUCGCGUCCCUCUUCUCUCCCCUCCCGCUUUUCUCCGCGUUCGAGUUGUGGAACGUGGGGAAUGUGGGCUUUAUUUUCUGGGUGUGCACCGUGUGCUUCAGCCAGUACUUCAAUUCUGUGGUGUGGAUUGGGAGCAUUGAUGACCGAGCACCGGGAUGGUGUGUGAUUUCUACCGGCAUCGUGCUGUCUGCGUCAUUCGGCAUCCCUGCCUCCUGUCUCUGUGCAAGCCGCCGUCUGUGGAGCAUUGUCAAUCCGGAUCCCAAAGUUGAGGAUUCGAAAGACGAACGCUCGUGGCGAGCGUUCAACGACAGUGUCAUCUGCUUCGUUCUGCCGAUCGCCUUCGCGAUCAUGAACAUCGCGAACCAGGCGCACAAGUACAAGAUCGUCGAGGACAUCGGGUGUGCGGUUGACCCCGUUGCCGGCCUCUUCCCGCUCGUGUUCAUGUAUCUCCCUCCUCUCUGCUUCUGCAUCUCAUCUAUCCUGUUCUCUACAUCGAAUCUCUGGGUCGCCUACAAGCAUCGCGCGUCUCAGGUCCUGGAUGUGCCGUUCAGCACACACAACAACCUCACCCUCGACCGCUUCAUUCGCCUGUCCCUGCUCGCGCUCCUCACGCCGCUGCUCAUCUCUGGCCCGCUGCUCAUCUUCGGCAUGGUCCAGAACAACGCGCUCGCGGCGAUCUCCGCAGCUGCGCUCCGCCUCGACGGCGCCUCGGGCGCGAUCCCGCAGCUCCCGCUCACCCUCUGGCAUAUCCGGUUCAACACCGCCGCCGCCGCUUACAUGGAGUUCACGCGCUGGUCCGGGCCCGCGUGCGCGCUGCUGCUGCUCCUCUGCGUCCGCCUCAUGGGCGACAAGUGGGAGUCCCCGCUGUGGGAGAACUUCUGCCGGCGCGUGCCGAUUGUGUUCUGGGACACCCUCGCGCACAUGGGCUACACGCGCCCCCUGCCGCCGCUCCUCCCGCAGCAGCACCAGCAGCGGGGAGGCCGCCGGCCGUCGAGCUCGUCGUCGUUCUUCGCCGGCUGCGAGGAGGAUCUCGCAAACGACGCGUUUACCAGCCCGCCGCGCCGCCACGCGCGGGGCCGCGGGCACCACGACCGCUUCAAGAUGGCGAUCUCGAACCCUGUGCGCCCCGCGUCGGGCACCGGCUCGUACAUCGACUUGUUCGAGCACACCCCGGCGCCGCUGUAUCCCCCGCCCCCGCGCCCGGCUCCGGCUCCGGCUGCCCCCGUGGCGGCGCCGAAGCCCGCGGCCAAGUUCCCCUUCCGCCGCGCCCGCACGCCGCGCACCACCCCGUCGUGGCUCCCGCCGAGGAUCCCCGAGCAGGGCCUCUCGUUCGUCGCCGUGAAGCCGCACGCGACGAUCCCGGGCCGGUUCGAGGUGGUGAACCGGAACGACUUUGGGUGGCACCGGGUGCACAACCACGAGCUGGCGGACAAGCUCGUGCUGGGCAAGGAUGGGGUGUACCAUCCCCGCGCGGCGGGGCUCCCGGGCCGCCGCCUGGUGUAGAGGGUGUAUGUGAUGUGAUGUGGUGUGAGACAGUAUAGGUAAGUAUGUAUUUCUAGCUGCAGUAUGUAUCGUUAGCGAAUAAACUGGUGUUAUUC